UCCAGCUUCCGGUGUGGGCCGCCGCAGCCGCGGAAGCCUUGACUAGUUUUCUGAGUCUAUUGUGACCAUGGCUGCUGAGUCUGAUGUUCUACACUUCCAGUUUGAACAGCAAGGAGAUGUGGUCUUGCAGAAAAUGAAUCUUUUGAGACAGCAGAAUUUGUUUUGUGAUGUAUCAAUUUAUAUUAAUGACACUGAGUUCCAGGGGCAUAAGGUGAUUUUGGCUGCUUGCUCCACUUUCAUGAGAGAUCAGUUUUUACUCACCCAGUCAAAACACGUCAGGAUCACCAUCUUGCAGAGUGCAGAAGUUGGCAGAAAAUUGUUGCUCUCUUGCUAUACUGGAGCACUUGAAGUUAAAAGAAAAGAACUUUUGAAAUACUUGACUGCAGCUAGUUACCUUCAGAUGGUUCACAUUGUGGAAAAAUGCACAGAAGCUUUGUCAAAGUACUUGGAAAUUGAUCUGUCUAUGAAAAACAAUAACCAGCAUACUGACCUGUGUCAGUCCUCUGAUCUAGAGGUUAAAAAUGAAGAAGAAAAUUUAGAUAAAGAUUGUGAGAUCAUUGAAAUUUCAGAAGAUAGUCCGGUAAGCAUGGAUUUCCACAUAAAAGAAGAAAGUAAUGCUUUACAGUCUACAGUAGAGAGCUUGACAUCAGAGAGAAAAGAAGUGAAGUCACCAGAGCUGCCUACAGUAGAUACAGGUUUUAAAGACAAUGAAAUCUGUAUCCUUCGUGUGGAAUCUAUCAGUACAGCCGGUGUAGAAAAUGGGCAGUUUUCACAGCCUUGUACCUCUUCAAAAGCAAGCAUGUAUUUCUCUGAAACACAGCAUUCGCUGAUCAAUUCUACAGUUGAGAACAGAGUAACAGAAAUUCCUGGGAAUCAAGGCCAGGGCAUAUUUUGUGAAAAUACUGAAGGAAGUCAUGGUACAGUGAAUGAGAUUCAGAAUCUGGAAGAGAGUUAUUCACUGAGGCACCAAUGCCCCAGGUGCCCUCGAGGCUUUCUUCAUGUUGAAAAUUAUCUGCGCCACCUUAAGAUGCAUAAACUUUUCUUGUGCUUACAGUGUGGAAAAACGUUUACACAGAAGAAAAAUCUCAACCGGCACAUUCGAGGGCAUAUGGGCAUACGGCCCUUUCAGUGUACUGUAUGCCUAAAAACAUUUACUGCCAAAAGCACCCUUCAGGACCACUUGAACAUACACAGUGGGGAUCGUCCAUACAAAUGCCACUGUUGUGACAUGGAUUUCAAGCACAAAUCUGCCCUCAAAAAGCACUUAACUUCUGUCCAUGGCAGAAGCAGUGGUGAAAAACUACCUAGGCCUGAUCUCAAAAGGCAAAGUCUACUGUAAUUAGAAUCACACACUUGCUAUGUCAGCCUUUUAUAGUUCCUUCAACCAAGUCUUUCUGUAAAAAUGCAGCAUUUGUAAUAUUUUCCCCCUUGUCUUUAGGUCUUAUUUUGGUUUACCUACGCAUGUUAUUCUUUCUGAACUUUUACUAACAGCUCUCAAGUUGUGUGAGGCAUGGAAACACUGAUUGGAUUCUCUUUUGCUGCUUAUGGUAUUUACAAGUCCCAGUGAUAUGCUUAGAGAAAUGGUGUUUCUCUCUCAAAUAUUCUUGAUUUUACUGACAGAAGGGGGUCUAGCAGUAUUUCCACAUUCUGAUUUGGAGUCUCUAGAUGAUUGAUUUA